AUGCCUGUCCUCCUCGUGCGCCCGCCCGCCAGCUCCCUCGCGCAGGGCCAGAUCACGCACAUUGCCGCGCCCUCCGAUGUCUCCUUCCCCAAGGCGCAAGAGCAGUGGGCGAACUAUGUCAAGAUCUUCGCCGAGCGCGAGUGGGCGCUGAUCCCGGUGCCGCGCGACGACUCGUGCCCCGACAGCGUUUUCAUCGAGGACUCGAUUGUCGUCUUUGGCGACAUGGCCGUGAUCGCGUCCCCCGGCGCCGAGACGCGCAAGGCGGAGAUUGGCCCCGUCGAGACGACUGUCAAGGAGCGUCUUCCCGGGCUCAAGCUGCACCGGAUCGAGCUGCCCGGUACGCUCGACGGAGGCGACGUGCUCAAGGUCGGCAAGACGAUUUAUGUCGGCCGCUCGAGCCGUACCAACGACGAGGGCAUCAAGCAGCUCGCGGAUAUCGUCGGCAACGAGGGGUACGAAGUCAAGGCUAUCCCGACAACCAAGGCGCUGCACCUGACAGAAUCCGCCAUCACCGCCCUCCCCGACGGGACCAUCAUCGGGUACGAGCCAAUUGUCGACGACACGUCGCUGUUCCCCUCCUUUGUCGCGGUGCCGGAACCCGAGGGCGUCGCCGUCGUCGUGCUUGGCGAGAACGACGUGCUCAUGUCGGCCGCUGCGCCCAAAACGCGCGAGAUGCUGGUCCAGCGUGGACUGAACGUUACCACGGCAGAGAUCAGCGAGUUCGAGAAGCUCGAAGGAUGCGUCACGUGUCUCUCUGUGCGCGUCAGGGACGAGGACAUCAAGCCCGAGUAG